AUGGCCGGCGGGAUGGCGCAGCGGGAGGUCGAGCUGCUGGCCUUCGAGCGUUUCCGGGGCUCCAGCGAGCAGCCACUAGCCUAUGGCUACGGCCCGCGCAGCCUGCGCGAGCUGCGGGCGCGCGAAUUCGGCCGCCUGGCAGGAACUGUCUAUCUUGACCACGCAGGAGCCACACUGUUCCCCCAGACCCAGCUCACAAGCUUCACUCAUGAUCUCAUGGAAAAUGUUUAUGGUAACCCCCACAGCCAGAACAUCAGCAGCAAGCUCACCCACGACACCGUGGAGCAGGUGCGCUACAGGAUUCUGGCGCACUUCCACACCUCCCCAGACGACUACAGCGUGAUUUUCACAGCCGGGUGCACGGCUGCUCUUAAACUGGUAGCAGAGGUCUUCCCGUGGGUGUCCCCGGGCCCAGAGAGCAGCGGGAGUCUGUUCUGUUACCUCACCGACAGCCACACCUCCGUGGUGGGCAUGAGGACGGUCGCCGCAGCCAUGAACAUCACUUCUGUCUCCGUCAGUCCAGAGGAUAUGUGGUUGGCGGAGAAACAGGGUGCUGCUGCCCGGAACCCCGAUUGCCAGCUUCCGCAUCUCUUCUGUUACCCAGCUCAGAGUAACUUUUCUGGAACCAGAUACCCUCUGUCCUGGAUUCGAGAAGUCCAGUCCGGGCAGGCGUGCCCUGUGAGCGUGCCUGGGCAGUGGUUCGUGCUGCUGGACGCAGCCUGCUACGUGAGCACCUCACCUUUGGACCUGUCGGUUCACCAGGCUGAUUUCAUCCCCCUCUCCUUCUAUAAGAUCUUCGGCUUCCCCACGGGCCUGGGUGCUCUGCUGGUGCAUAAUCGUAUGAGUCCUCUGCUGAGGAAAACCUACUUUGGAGGAGGCACGGCGGCCUCAUACCUCGUAGGAGAAGACUUCUAUAUCCCGAGACAGUCAGUGGCAGACAGGUUUGAAGAUGGCACCAUCUCAUUCCUUGACGUGAUAGCGCUGAAGCACGGAUUUGAUGCCCUAGAGCGCCUCACAGGUGGAAUGGAGAAUAUAAAGCAGCACACCUUUACCUUGGCUCAGUACACCUACACUGCCCUGUCCUCUCUCCAGUACCCCAAUGGAGCCCCUGUGGUACGGAUUUACAGAGACUCUGAGUUCAGCAGCCCAGAGGUCCAGGGUCCAAUCAUCAAUUUCAAUGUGCUCGACGACAAGGGGAACAUCGUUGGUUACUCCCAGGUGGAAAAAAUGGCCAGUCUUUACAACAUCCAAGUGCGAACUGGCUGCUUCUGCAACACCGGGGCCUGCCAGAGACACCUGGGGAUAAGCAGUGAGAUGGUCAAGAAGCAUCUUCAGGCUGGUCAUGUCUGUGGAGAUGAUGUGGACCUCAUAGAUGGGCAGCCUACAGGGUCUGUGAGGAUUUCAUUUGGAUACAUGUCUACCCUUGAGGAUGCCCAGGCCUUUCUCAAGUUCAUCGUAGCAACCCGCCUGCGCCCACCAAGUAGCCAGCCUGUCCCUCAGGCCACCCCCAAGGAGGCGGGAGCCACUCCGGCAGAGAGUGAGGCUCAGAACACCUUGCCCACCACCUUGGACAGACGGAGUCCGUCACCUCGGGAAGACACUCCCACAGCCUCCGGGGUUGGCAAUGACUUGCUCACUGCUGUGCAUUUGCGCCCACGUCUGCCGGAGGCCACCAGGACCCUGCAGACCCCUUCGGAGAAAGCUGCAGCAGUCCCGGAUGGGGACCUUGGGCCGCAUGUCAUCACCAACCUUUUCCUCUACCCGAUCAAAUCCUGUGCUGCGUUUGAGGUGACCAAGUGGCCUGUGGGAAGACAUGGACUGCUGUACGACCGGAGCUGGAUGGUUGUGAAUCACAAUGGCAUAUGCCUGAGUCAGAAGCAGGAGCCCCGGCUCUGCCUGAUCCAGCCCUUCAUUGACCUGCAGCAAAGGAUCAUGGUCAUUAAAGCCAAAGGAAUGGAGCCUAUUGAGGUGCCUCUUGAGGAAAAUGGUGAACGGGCUCAGAUUUGCCAAAGCAAAGUCUGUACAGACAGGGUAAAUACUUACGAUUGUGGAGAAAAAGUCUCAAGCUGGUUGUCAAAGUGUUUGGGCCGUCCAUGUCAGUUGAUCAAACAAAGUUCGGACUUUGAAAGAAAUGCGAAGAGGAAACACAGCAAAGGUCAGUCUGCUGAUACAACAGCCACUCUUUCUCUGGUGAAUGAGGCCCAGUAUCUGCUGAUAAACAGAUCCAGCAUUUUGAAACUUCAGCAGCAAUUAACAGCCAGUGACGAGAAUGGAAAGGAGGAAUUAUUUCCAAUGAAAGAUCUCAUCUUACGUUUCCGUGCCAAUAUUAUUACCAACGGAACAAGUGCUUUUGAAGAAGAGAAAUGGGAUGAGAUUUCAAUCGGUUCCUUGAAUUUCCAGGUUUUGGGGCCUUGUCACAGAUGCCAGAUGAUUUGCAUUGACCAGCAAACUGGACAACGGAACCAAGAUGUUUUCCAAAAGCUUUCAGAGAGUCGAGAGAGAAAGGUGAACUUUGGAGUGUACCUGAUGCAUAUGUCUUUGGAUUUAUCGUGUCCACGUUUCCUGUCUGUAGGAUCUUGGGUGCUCCCUGUCUUGAAAGAAAAUGCAGAAUGCCAGGAUUUACCUGCUUCCGAGAAACAUCAGAAUGUUAUCUCCGAAGAUUUUCUUUUAGCAUAA